AUGUCUUGCCGUUCCUACCGCGUCAGCUCUGGUUGCCGGGUGGGCAACUUCAGCUCUUGCUCAGCAGUGACCCCCCAGAAACUGAACCACUUCCGGGGCAACUCUGUCUCCUGCAGAAGUGGGCCUGGCUUUCGAGGACUUGGUGGCUUUGGUAGUCGGAGCGUUAUCACCUUUGGAUCACACUCGCCACGGAUAGCAACUGUAGGCCCUCGUCCCGUCAGCUGUGGAGCUGGCUUUGGUGCUGGCAGUGGGAGAGCCUUUGGCUUUGGUGAUGGGAGUGGUGUUGGUCUGGGGUUCGGGGCCAGCAGUGGUGUUGGUCUGGGAUUUGGAGCCAGCAGUGGUGUCGGUCUUGGGUAUGGAGCUGGCAGUCGCUUUGGCUAUGGCUUCGGCAGCCCUGGAUUUGGAUAUAGAGCCGGAGGAGUUGGAGUCCCAGCAGCUCCAUCUAUCACAGCUGUGACUGUUAACCAAAGCCUGCUGACCCCCCUCAACCUGGAGAUUGAUCCCAAUGCCCAGAGGGUGAAGAAGGAUGAGAAGGAACAGAUCAAGAGCCUCAACAAUAAGUUUGCCUCCUUCAUUGACAAGGUGCGGUUCCUGGAGCAGCAGAAUAAGCUCCUAGAGACCAAGUGGAGCUUCCUCCAAGAGCAGAAAUAUGCCAGGAGCAACUUGGAGCCCCUCUUUGAGGGUUACAUCGCCACCCUGCGGAGGGAGCUGGACGUCCUGGUCAGCGACCAGGCCCGGCUCCAGGCUGAGAAGAACCACAUGCAGGACAUCCUGGAGGGCUUCAAGAAGAAGUAUGAAGAGGAGGUGGUGUUCCGGGCCAAUGCUGAGAAUGAGUUCGUGGCUCUAAAGAAGGAUGUGGAUGCAGCUUUCUUGAAUAAAUCUGAGCUACAGGCCAACGUGGAUACCCUGAUCCAGGAAACUGACUUCCUGAAAACCUUGUAUGCAGAGGAAAUCCAGUUGCUACAGUCACACAUCUCAGAGACAUCGGUCAUCGUGAAGAUGGACAACAGCCGGGACCUGAACCUUGACGGGAUCAUCGCCGAAGUCAAGGCCCAGUACGAGGAAGUGGCCAGGCGCAGCCGGGCUGAUGCUGAGGCCUGGUACCAGACCAAGUAUGAGGAGAUGCGGGUGACAGCUGGCCAACACAGUGACAACCUGCGUAGCACACGGGACGAGAUCAAUGAACUGACCCGCCUGAUCCAGAGACUGAAGGCAGAGAUUGAGAAUGCCAAGGCUCAGCGUGCCAAGCUAGAGGCCGCGGUGACCGAGGCAGAGCAGCAAGGUGAGGCGGCCCUCAACGAUGCCAAAUGCAAGUUGGCAGAUCUGGAGGGUGCCCUGCAGCAGGCCAAGCAGGACAUGGCGCGGCAGCUGCGCGAGUACCAGGAGCUCAUGAACAUCAAGCUGGCCCUGGACAUCGAGAUCGCCACCUACAGGCGGCUGCUGGAAGGCGAGGAGAUCCGGAUCUGUGAAGGUGUUGGGCCAGUGAACAUAUCCGUGAGCAGCUCCCGGGGCGGCAUGAUCUGCACGCCCGAGUCCUUGGUGGCCAGCUCCACUCUCCCCCGUGGCAUCAACUUCUCAGGCAGCAGCGGUACCCAUGCCGCUUGUGGGGUCCUGGCUUCCAGCGGCUCAGGCCUGAGUGGGGCCCGGGUAGGCCUGACAGGCGGGGACCUGCUGAGCGCGGGCCACAGAGCGAGCUCCGUGGUAGUGAGCGAGGCCUGCGCUCCCAGCGUUCCCUGCCCCCUGCCCACCGAGGGGGGCUUCAGCAGCUGUAGCGGUGGGCGUCGCAAGCGCGUGGUCGUAGCACGCAGUUCCAGUGUCCGCUUCGUGUCCAGCACCACCUCCCGCCGCACCAAGUACUGA